AGCUACAGCACAACCUGCACAGUCUGGAGAUCAACAGCACUUUUUUUUUUCUAAUUAAACAGGUUGUAUAUUACAUCAUAGAAGCUUUUCACAUCUUGGAGGGAUUAGUAAACUAUUAAAUUAAUUUAUUCAUCAAUAUAAAUAGUCUAUACAAAGCUUUCUGGACUGUAAACUAAGAAGAGAUCACUUUAGGACCCUUUAACGGUGAUUAGAGGAUUUCCGGAUAAUCAGAAUGAUGAUGCUCUCAUUAAGGCUGUUACUGUUGGCUUGGAGUGGUACACUUUGCUUUGUACCAUUGGCAUGGACUGGUGCGAUGGAGAGCGCAUCCCAACAAAACCAGGUUUUUUCAGAGGAAUUUGAAGAUGCAGUGCUGGAGGAUGAACUGGACAAUCAGGAGAACAUUUUAACCCAGCUCCUAGGUGACUAUGACAAAGUAAAGACUCUCUCGGAGGGCCCGGAUUGCCGCUGUAAGUGUGUGGUCAGGCCAUUGAGCAGGAGCGCCUGCAGACGUAUUGAAGAAGGGACUGGAAAGCUUGAGGAUUUCUACACAGUGGAGACAGUGAGCUCUGGACCCAACUGUAAGAAGUGUGCCUGCAUUACCCCUCCGUCUGCCCUCAAUCCCUGCGAAGGAGACUUCAGGUUUAAGAAGCUCCAAGAGGCUGGGAAAGAUGAUGUCAGGCUUUCCACCAUCAUGGACUUACUUGAGGGGGCUUUGUAUGGGAUGGAUCUGCUAAAGUUGCACUCAGUCACCACUAAACUCCUGGCACGUGUGGAAAACAUAGAAAAGUCAUUUUCCGGAAAUGUGACAAAGGAGCAAGGGAGCGUGAAAGAAGAGAAAGGGCAAGGGAAGGACUCGCGUGCCCACUAUCACCUGGAGAAGAAAAGACGAUUGAGCGAGCUGGAGCCCUCGCUGCAGAAUAAAGUGGCUGCAGCUUUCUCACACACAGAGAAGAAGUACGAGGAGAGGUUUGUAGGGAGCCAGGACUCCAGCAGGCGACUUAAGAGUCAUGCUGAAGAUUCAGAAGACCAGAAAUCAGUGAAGAGCAAAAUGGGACCUAAUGGGGUGAACAUCAGGAGCAUGACCUUCUAUAAAGCUGAUACUGAUGAUGAUGAUGAUGGAGAACAGAACGCAGGAAUAGAUGAUGUGCUGAGUGGUGACGGUUCAGUGGAUUUAAUAAUAGAAGACCAGAUCCCCAAACAACAGGACACUCAAUCCUCAGGCCCUCACAAUACUGCCACUAUGGCACCAAAACUGAACAAAGAAACCACCACAAACAUACUAACCAUCACAAAACAACCUAAACAGGAGUCUUGGGAAACUGAGAGGAUGAUUACAACUAGCACGGCAACGCCACUUUCAUUAACAACCUUCACCACCACCGCCAGCACCACCACCACCAUACAGCCAACGACCACCAACAGAUCAACGUCCAUCUCUGCUCCUCCUAAAGUUCCAAAACCACAGCACAACUCCACAUCUGCAACAAGAAAACAUAAAGUGAAAUCUCGACUCAGCUGGGACGAAGAAUCUGUAGUCUCUACAGAAUCACCAAAUAAUUCUGGUGUAUGCAAGGACACAUUAGCUACUAUUGCUGACCCUGUGACUCGCAAUACAUAUGGUCGCAAUGAAGGUGCCUGGAUGAAGGACCCAAAAGGCAAUGGCAAUGUCAUUUAUGUCACAAACUACUACUAUGGCAGCACCCUGCUGGAAUUCCGUGAUAUGGAUACAUUCAAGCAAGGACGCUUCAGCAAUUCCUACAAACUCCCCUACAACUGGAUUGGCACGGGCCAUGUGGUCUACAACGGCGCCUUUUACUACAACCGGGCAUUUUCUCAUGACAUCAUCAAAUACGACCUGCGUCUGCGUUACAUAGCGGCUUGGACCACACUGCAUGAUGCCUUGUUUGAGCACGAAGAUGAGGAGGCACCAUGGAGCUUUAGGGGACACUCAGACGUGGACUUUGCUGUGGAUGAGAGUAGUUUGUGGCUGGUUUAUCCGGCUCUAGAUGAAGAAGGCUUCCACCAGGAAGUGAUCAUCCUGUGCAAAAUCAAUCCUUUUGAUCUGCAGAAAGAGAACACAUGGAGGACGGGCCUGCGAAGGAACAGCUAUGGGAACAGCUUUGUAAUCUGUGGUGUCCUGUAUGCUGUGGACAGCUAUGAGCGCAUAAAUGCCACCAUUAGCUAUGCUUUUGACACGCACACACACACUCAGAUGGUGCCACGGCUGCCCUUCAUGAACAACUACACUUACACCACACAGAUUGACUAUAACCCAAAGGACCACAUGCUCUACGCCUGGGACAAGGGCCAUCAAAUGACCUAUGAUGUCAUAUUUGCCUAUUGAUUACUGUAUUAGAUGAUGUCUAAAUCAUAACUCGAUUACUGUUCUGCACUUUUUGUAAAAGAUUUACAAGACUCAGUGGAUUGUAGAUCAGUCUACAUGGUCAGUAUAUAUUUUUUAUAACACGCCACUAUUUUAUUGUUGUUUGUUGUUCUGAUUGCAUUGUGUAAAAUGCAUGUUUCCCUCAUGUGCUUAUCAUUUCAUGAUGAACAUGGUCACCGAGUUAAGGCCUCAGCAUACUUCAUGUGGCGAUAUCAUUCAGCUGGCUUUUAUGAAAAAUUUGAUGCAAUUGCAGAUGUCAUACAGAGGCUUCUUGCCAACCAUGUUUGUGACUGGUCAUUGCAAAUGAGGUGUACCCAAGAUUCAUUCUAAAAUAAAAAUAAAAAAAGAUGACUUUGAGAAGUGGCAAUCUUCUUCCUGUAGUCACAGAAAUUGAAACAGCACCACCUACUGUAAUGGAGCACUUGUACGCAACAGUCAGGGCAAAAACCACAGAGUGUGUGAGCUUGUUAAGCUUGUGCAGGUGGUUUUGUUGGGCAGCAUGGUGGUGUAGUGGUUAGCUCUGUCGCCUCACAGCAAGGAGGUCCCGGGUUCGAGCCUUUCUGUGUGGAGUUUGCAUGUUCUCCCCGUGUCUGCGUGGGUUUCCUCCGGGUGCUCCGGUUUCCCCCACAGUCCAAAGACAUGCAGGUUAGGUUAAUUGGUGGCUCUAAAUUGACCGUAGGUGUGAAUGUGAAAGGUUGUUUGUCUCAGCCCUGUGAUGAUCUGGCAACUUGUCCAGGGUGUACCCCGCCUCUCGCCCAUAGUCAGCUGGGAUAGGCUCCAGUUUACCCGCGACCCUGCACAGGAUAAGCGGCUAUAGAUAAUAGAUGGAUGAAUGGAUGGAUGGAUGGAUGGAUGUGGUUUUGUCUUCAACAAAACAAUCCUUUGCUGAUUCUGCAUUAAGUAUACUGAGGACUUUAAUGACAAAGUUAUUGUUACGGCUUGUAAAAA